AUGGCAUUCUUAGAUUUAGUAUCGCGGCGGCCGCAGAGGUUACUCCUUGUCGUCGCCGUAUGUCUGAUUGUCAUACUUGUCUCAACAUAUGCGUCUAUGUCAUCGCCAAAGCCUGGUAAAAUUUCCUCGCAUUUCAAAUCGUUUCCGAAAUUAUUUGGAAAUCACUCAUGCCCUCCGACUGUAUCAUUGCGCCCUGGCUUUGCAGAAGGGGCUUCACAAUACAAUUACAUGGGUAAUGUCAAAGAUGUGUAUGAUCUAGGACGCUAUGCAACACAGAACAAUGCAGGAAACUACAUGCCACCCAGCUUUACACCUGCUGAGAUCAACAAAGCACCUCGGGCAAAAGCUGCUUUUAUUUCUCUAACUCGCAACGAAGAGUUGGAUGAUAUGCGUCAAAGUAUAAUGGAGGUUGAGUACCGUUUUAACCGAAAAUUCAAUUACCCUUGGAUCUUUUUGAACGACGUGCCAUUCACGGCUGAAUUCAAGCAAGGUGUUAGGAAAAUGACACGGGCUCCUGUAUACUUUGGACUUGUUCCAAAAGAGCAUUGGAGCUAUCCUAGCUGGAUUGAUCAAAAUAAAGCAGCUGCAGCCCGCGAAAAAAUGGGGCAGGAUGGCAUCAUCUACGGGGACUCGGAAUCGUACCGUCACAUGUGCCGAUUCCAAAGUGGCUUUUUCUUUGAGCACCCAUUGACAUAUCAGCUCGGUAUCGAAUAUUACUGGCGCGUUGAGCCUGAUAUUCACAUUUGGUGCGACAUUGACUAUGAUCCCUUCGUGUUUAUGCAACUAAACAAUAAGGCUUAUGGCUUCACAAUGUCACUACACGAAUACGAUGCGACUAUUCCCACCCUAUGGAAAGAGACAAUGUCUUUUGUGCAGCAGCAUCCUGAAUACCUACCAAAAGACAACGCACAGCGUUUUCUGACCGAUCAAGACGAUCUACAAGGUGCCAAUUAUAAUUUGUGCCACUUUUGGAGCAACUUUGAGAUUGGCGAUAUUCGCUUUUUCCGAAGCAGGCAAUACAAAGACUAUUUCAAUCAUCUUGACAAAGCGGGUGGCUUUUUCUAUGAGAGAUGGGGUGAUGCUCCCGUUCACAGCAUUGCCGCUUCCCUUUUCCUGAACCGAUCUCAGCUGUACCACUUUGACGAUAUUGGCUACUAUCAUGCUCCAUGGGGUCACUGUCCCACAAACCGUAAGCUAUACCACGACAAUGGAAAAUGCACAUGUAAUCCUGAAGAUUCCUUUGCUCGUGAGGGUUACUCGUGCAUGCCGCAAUGGUGGGCCGUAUCGAAAGAAGGAGAGCCUCAGUAA